AUGGGGCAAAGGGUACAAAAAGUAAAAGACUACUCAGAAAUCAAACCACCGAAAUCAAGAGAAAAAAGAAACUAUUGCCCUCCCUUUUUUCUGAUCUCUAUUUUUCAACGACGAAGUUUUGAAAUGGAGCAUGAGGAGACCGGAUGCCACCCCCCUCAGGAAGGUCCUGUUUUGUGCGUCAACAACUGUGGCUUCUUUGGGAGCCCCGCGAACAUGAACAUGUGCUCCAAGUGUUACAAGGACCUGAUAUUGAAACAAGAACAGGCAAAAUUUGCUGCAUCAUCAAUUGAGAACAUUGUCAACGGAUCCUCGAGUGGCAACGAGAAAGAAUCUGCUGUUGCUGACCCUGCAAAUGUGCAAGAGGACUUGAUGCAGGUGAAGGCCAUAUCCGUGCCAUCAUCCAAUUCUUCGACCUCUUCUGAGGCGGGUGAGCCUAAGGCAAAGGGCGGCCCUAGUAGAUGCAACUCUUGCAAGAAAAAGGUCGGCUUAACCGGGUUCAAAUGCCGAUGUGGUAGCCUCUUUUGUGGGUCCCACCGUUACUCAGACAAACACGACUGCCCAUUUGAUUACCGGAGCGCAGGUCAGGAUGCUAUAGCAAAAGCCAACCCAGUUGUCAAGGCAGAGAAGCUGGAUAAAAUCUAA